AUGGGUCGAAGAUUAAAUAUAGAGAAUUUAACAGAUGAAGAAUGUGAGAAGAUUUUAGCUGUUAUACAGAAAGAUUUUACAUUGAGACAGAAAGAAAAAGAGAGGUUGGGAACUCUUGAAGAAAAGGUUGACCAAGAAAAGCAGAAGCAAACUAUUUUAGCCGAACAGAAAAAAUUUAACGAGAGUUGCUGUAUAAGAUGUUGUCAACCUUUUGGUCUGAUUUUCAACAGACGUCAAAUUUGUCGACUCUGUGAAUUCAACGUUUGUAAAUCAUGCCGAGUAUAUUUUAAAGAAUUUCGUGGUUACGCCUGCAACUUCUGCCUUGAACAAAGGGAUUUGAAGCACAAGUCUUGUGAUUGGUUUUAUACCAGUGUUUGUAGAAGGUUUAAAAGAUUUGGAAGUGCGAAGGUUGUCAGGUCACUUUACAAGAGAAAAAGCUAUUGUAAGUUGAAACUCAGACCAGUUUAA